AUGGCGCGUCUACUUUUCGUCGCAACAUUCGCCGUGCUGCUGGCGGUGGCGUCCGCAGGACAAACCGUCGUGACUGGACCCAACAACCCUGCGGUCAACCUGGACAAGGCCAAGGGCGACAAUGGCGUGGCAACCGAGGUCCCUCCUGGCAUCGAGAAGGCGGCGGCCGCUGGCGGGCUGGACAAGUUCGAGGGGACGACGAUCGUGAGCCCGAGCACAGACAGUAUUCUGAUGGUGGACGUGAAGGUUGCGGGAUGGAACAAAAUGAAGUGCCACAAGGACCUGGGCAAGCCCGGGGAGGGCGCGUGCACGCCGGCCAACUGCAGCAAGGGCGGCAUCGCCGCCAAGUGGAAGACGUCGAACCUGCUGAAGAACAAGCUGGGCGUGGAGGUGUACGUGAAGGGCAACCCGCUGACGCUGAAGAAGGCGUCCCCGCAGACGUGCUGCAACACGUGCGCGGGGUACAGCAGCUGCACGUACUGGCAGUACAUCCCCGACAUCACGAUCGACGGCAAGAAGACGGACGGCGCGUGCUACCUGGUGCGCACGGGCGGCGAGUGCAACCCCGCGGCGAACGUGGUGAACGACCCGCAUCUGGUGGGCGCGUACGGCACGCACUUCGACUUCAACGGGCGCCCCGAUAAGGCUUUCUGCCUGCUGACGGACAAGGACCUGCACGUGAACAUGCUGCUGCGCGGGUACUACUCGGACGACACGGAGAACGCGGCGCUCGUUGUGGACGGCAAGGCCGUGCACACGUGGAUCAAGGAGCUCGGCAUCAUCUGGUUCGCCAACGGCGCCGACCACAAGGUGCGGCUCGCGGCGCGCUCUGGCAAGCAGCAGGAGCGUGGUGAUGGGUUCAUGAAGACGAUCGAGAUCGACGGCGAGGAAAUCCCGAGGAUGCACGUGGGCGACGAGGUGACGACCGAGGGCGGGCUGACUCUGCGAUUCGCGGCGCUGGAGAAGGAGGGCCCGUAUGACGUGGACUACUACACGCUCACCAUCGACGGGCUCGUGGCGCUCGACCUGCGCCUGCGCGUGGCCAACCCCAAGCUGCAGACGCCCAGCGAGGCCGAGGCGCACAUCAACGUGGGGAUUGUGGAGCUGGAGCACACCGACGACGUGCACGGCGUGCUCGGCCAAACGUACCGCCCCGACCACGCCGCUCGCGCCGCCGACUUCCAGCGCCUGAUCGCGAACCUGCACCGUCCGAUCUCAGCCGACAGCCAGGAGGGCGCUGGGUUCCUUGACGGCACUCCCCGGCUGUACGAGUCGAGCUCCGUGCUGUCCGUGGACUGCGCGCAAACGGAGUACCACCGCGCCAAGUAG